GUCUUAAAAUCUGGGCGUCUACAUUGGGAUCCCCUUUGUCUGUGAAGGAGUGUAUGCGCGUCAUCUGUUAUAUAUGCGAACGAUGGCUCUUUGUUGAGUCAUUGACACUUCUAGAUUAAUACUUGGCCAACUCAUAAAAUCAGACAACUGCAGAUUAUUAUCAAGUGACUUAGAAGCUAGGGUAUCAGGGUAGAUACCUACCUACCUCGUCCUGAAUACCCAAGAUAACAGACAGCGAUACUAGGCACGUUAGAAAGACACGUUGAGACCGCUAUACCAAGACGGUCCAUCCAAGCAGCCUUCAUUACCUACCUGAAUCUCUUCCUGCCGGGUAGAUAAUUUAUGAAUCCGAAUGUAUCUCCAUAAAUACCAGCCCUCCCACAGCCGACAUCUCCAACUCCCACCCCUCGUCGAGAAGGAGGCAGAAGAAACCACGGAGGACAACAGUCACGAGUGGCUCGUCCUCGCGAAAGAGAGCGUCCGACGGGACCUUGAGGCGUCCAAGAAGGAGCUGGAACUUGUCAGAGACCUGCUCGGGGAAUUAAACGGCGGCUUCGAAGUACGGACAUCCGACCGCGGGGCUAGAGACCGGUUGUUUCUUAUGAGGGCUUGCCAGGAGUACUCCGGCUCGCGGUCGUGUAUGCUCGAAGAACGGCUGUGACAGAUAGAUUUAUGGAUGGACGAGGCGCGCUUGGGUCGGAGCAUUCCUAGUAGAGUGCCAGAUGAAUGGAUCAUGGUCGAUGUUGAAUGGCGGCAAUGGCUGAGCGAACAAGUCGCUCCACGGGAUAGCUCAUCUGGCCAAGUCAAUACUAUGUCCCGCCAGAGAGACGCGGUGCAAUCUUGGGGACCACUGAUUCCCAUACUCGCGGCUUUGAUCGAGUAGAAGUAAGCCUAAGCCAUGAAGGACUUGGUAGCUUCGGGUUAUAAUGUGUUACGAACGAUUGGCGCAAGUGUGGGAUCGUAUAUUGCUGCAGGCGUUCGGUAACGGUUCAAGGAGGCUCAUCUU